AAAGUUUCCAACUCUUGUCACCCACACUUCGGAGUUAGAGACAGAGAGAGGGAGAGAGAGAGACAGGGAGCCAGUUGGUUGUGUUUGCCACCAGUUAACCUUUUCCUGGGACCGUGAAAUCCUUCAGCCUCGAAACUCAAGUGGGUCAUUCUUUUAUACGAGGUCCUACUCUCCCACUUGCCGGUCUUUGCUGUCUCAGCCUGUGUUACCUUACCUGCCCCCUUUUCAUACUUUCCCUAGAGACGCUUCUCUGUUUUGUAUGUGCUCUUCUUUUCUAUAUCCGAGUAAGAUGUAGUUUUCUCAAUCUGGGUAUUCUCCUUUUCUUAUCGUUCCUGCUUCUCGCGGGUCAUGAUACAUCAAAGUUCUAAUUUUGGUGUAGUUUGUGUUCUCUUCGUUCUUUGCUUUAUACUUGUUUAUGCCUUGUCUUUAAGACGCGUUCUUUCCCGUUCUUCGAGAAGGAGGGUGUUAGCUUUCAAUUCAAGCAUCUGGGAUUGUGCAAGCUUUUCUGGAUAUUGCCUAUGAUCUGUGUUUCGGAUUUUGGAUUUGAGAGUUUGGUUUGGGGUCACUUGUGGAGUGCAAGGGAUGUCGGACAAAAGAGGCCUUUUGAAUUAGUGUGAACUCUACUUUUGCGGUGGAAUAGUGACUAUCAUUUCAUGCUUUCCCCAAGACAAUGGAGAGGUUUAUGGCCAGAUUUUCACUUCUUUAGCAAAUACAACCUUAUCUUUGUGAAAUAAUAUGAAGAAUCUUCUUAAGAAGCUUCAUAUCGUGUCCAAUCAAUCGGAAGAUGCAGAAGGGUCUACUUCAUCCAAGGUGAAUACGUCUAAUGAAGGGUCGUCCCCUGAUAGGAUUGUGCACUCUCGGUUCCAUCAUAAUUCUGAGAAUAGACCCCUUUUGGGGCUCUCGGGUUGGUUGAAUUCAGUUGCUAAUAUAGGUAGCCCCAGUCAUCCGUCUUCUUCGAAUGUGACAGGGGAAGAACAAACGGAACCCUCUGAUUUGGCUGGUACUGGUAAUUUAGAUGUUAUGGAUGCAGCUAGGCGUGAUUCAGUUUCUAGCAACUCGAGGGAUCCUGAUAUAGAGGAGGAGUAUCAGAUACAACUGGCUUUGGAGUUGAGUGCCAGGGAGGAUCCCGAGGCAGUUCAGAUCGAGGCUGUAAAGCAGAUCAGUUUGGGCUCUUGUGCUCUUGAUAAUACUCCGGCUGAAGUUGUUGCCUAUCGAUACUGGAAUUACAAUUCUCUUAGCUAUGAUGACAAGAUCUCAGAUGGCUUCUAUGACCUGUAUGGAGUUAUGACUGAGUCAACCUCAGAAAGAAUGCCUUCCCUUGUUGAUCUACAGGGAACACCAGUGUCAGACAGAGUCACCUGGGAAGCAGUUUUGGUCAAUAGGGCCGCUGACGCUAAUUUGUUGAAACUUGAGCAGAGAGCUCUAGAGCUAGCUGUUAAAUCAAGGUCCAAUUCUCUCGUUUUCGUAGGUAGUAAUUUGGUGCGAACGCUUGCUAUUUUAGUUGCUGACUAUAUGGGUGGACCAGUUGGGGAUCCUGACAACAUGUUGAGAGCAUGGCGAAGUCUCAGUUACAGUUUGAAAGCAACCCUUGGUAGCAUGGUUUUGCCACUGGGUUCUUUGACAAUUGGAUUGGCUCGUCACCGUGCAUUGUUGUUUAAGGUUUUGGCUGAUAGCGUGGGCUUCCCAUGCCGGUUGGUGAAAGGACAGCAAUACACGGGUUCUGACAAUGUGGCAAUGAACUUUGUGAAGAUUGAUGAUGGAAGGGAGUAUAUUGUUGAUCUAAUGUCAGAUCCUGGUACACUUAUUCCAUCUGAUGCUGCCGGGUCGCAUAUAGAAUAUGAUGGAUCUUUCUAUUCUGCAAGUCCCUUGUCUAGAGAUGUUGACUCCUCUUAUGUGGCCUCUUCAAGCAGUGGGGUUGGAAGUUCAUUUGAGGAACAUUCAGACUUUGGGAUAUUGGACAAGAGGUCUAGGCUCAGCAAUUCAGUUGCUUUAGGAAAAGAAUCUGAUGACAAAGGUGAUUUCACUACUUCUGCAAGCAUAAUCAGGCUAACUCAAAGUGAGGAAGAGCACAGGUCAUCCUCAGAUGAUUUUGGAUCUCCCUCCAAUGUAGAUAAGGUGCCAGUGCAGGAGAAUCCUGGCAGACCAAGUCAUCCUUACAUGCAUGCAAGAUCUCCUUCUUGGACUGAAGGGGUUAGCUCCCCUGCUGUCCGUAGAAUGAAAGUUAAAGAUGUUUCAAAAUACAUGAUUGAUGCUGCCAAAGAGAAUCCACAAUUAGCUCAGAAACUUCAUGAUGUGCUGCUUGAGAGUGGUGUUGUUGCUCCACCAAACUUGUUCACUGAAAUUUAUCCUGAGCAGUUGGAGGUGUUGGUAGUUGAGGCAAGGCCCCCAACUGAAGAUAAGGAUGAAAAUAAGCUGGGGAUUGGAACACAAGAGCUCAAAGGUCAAGAUGAUCAUGGCCCUGUUCGCUUUUUGCCACCUUUACCUCCCCAGAGAGUGCAAUCUAAAGAAAAUGUAUCCUCUGGUCAACUGGAGCAUCUUAAAGGUGUUGAGGAUGAUAUAGGAGAUGUAACUGGACAGCUUAUCUCAUCACAACCUGAAAUAUUGAAUCCUGUGAAAUUUACUAAGAGAGUGCCUGUUGCUGCUGCUGCUGCAGCAGCAGCAGCUGUUGUUGCAUCUUCAAUGGUAGUCGCUGCAGCAAAGUCGAGCACUGAAUCCAAUCUUGAACUUCCUGUAGCAGCUGCUGCCACUGCUACUGCUGCAGCUGUGGUAGCAACAUCUGCAGCUGUCAGUAAGCAGUAUGAGCAGGGUGCAAGAAGUGAUGGAGAUGCAGAUGUAGCUUGUUAUGAUCCAUGUGGUUGGGGUGACCAUCAUCAGGAUGCUUCUGGAGCCAUUUCAGAAGGCGAGAGAAUAUCAGAUAGAUCGGCAGGUAAUGAAAGCACAAAAUCUGAUGGCGCACUUGAUGAAGUUGCAGAAUGUGAGAUCCCAUGGGAAGAAAUCACCUUGGGUGAGCGUAUCGGACUUGGAUCAUAUGGGGAGGUAUAUCGUGGAGACUGGCAUGGAACUGAAGUGGCUGUGAAGAGAUUCCUAGACCAGGAUAUUUAUGGUCAAUCACUUGAGGAAUUCAAAAGUGAGGUGCUGUUAAUGAAAAGACUCAGGCAUCCCAAUGUUGUGCUCUUCAUGGGAGCUGUAACACGUCCCCCAAAUCUUUCAAUUGUCACUGAAUUUCUUCCCAGAGGUAGUUUGUAUAGGUUGAUUCACCGGCCUAACAAUCAAUUAGAUGAAAGAAGGCGCUUGAGGAUGGCCCUUGAUGCUGCCCGUGGAAUGAAUUAUUUGCACAACUGCUCUCCCAUAAUAGUGCACCGUGAUUUGAAGUCUCCAAAUUUACUAGUUGAUAAGAAUUGGGUUGUGAAGGUGUGCGAUUUUGGCUUGUCACGGAUAAAGAAUAGCACAUUUCUUUCUUCAAGGUCAACUGCAGGGACAGCUGAGUGGAUGGCCCCAGAAGUGCUAAGAAAUGAACCUGCAAAUGAAAAGUGUGACAUUUAUAGCUUUGGGGUCAUACUGUGGGAACUCUCUACGUUGCAACAACCAUGGGGGGGAAUGAAUCCAAUGCAAGUUGUUGGUGCUGUUGGAUUUCAACAUCGGCGUCUUGACAUUCCAGAUGAUAUGGAUCCUGCUGUUGCAGAUAUUAUUCAAAAGUGCUGGCAGACAGACCCAAAAUUGAGACCCACGUUUGCUGAGAUCAUGGCUGCUUUGAAGCCGUUGCAGAAGCCAAUAACCAGUUCUCAAGUUCCCAGGCCAAGCACAUCUGCAGGCAGUGGCCGUCAGAAGGCUCUGCCAUCACAAAAUGCAGAAGAAGCAGGCUAGAAGAGCAAACUAUACCAUCAUUCUCUGUGUCAUUGGACUGCAAAAAUAUGGGGUGAAGUUCUAGAUUGCCUUGGACUAGUCUGAGAAAGUGACGGGUUGAUUUCCCUACAUUCAAACAAAUUUGAGAUUGUGAUUCUUUUUUCUCAAUUCCCUUUUUUCCCCCAUCACAGUGCAGCUAUCCUCAAGAUUGUAUAUUUGUUUAUACAAAUCCAUUGAAAUUGUUGUAAUCAAAGUUUUGAAAUUUUUUCUUUUUGUUUUUGUGGAGUUGUAUCAAAUGGUUGCGAAAGCUUUAUAGGAUGUCUGUGGAGUAGUGACCAUGGAAGGAUGGAAACUGACAUGUACAGGGUGAAUUUGAUGAAUUAUUCAAGUGGGAAGAUGCUGAAAUUUGCAUAUUUUAAUCGUA